AUGCAUCCUAUCUCUCACGGCAAAAACAUCGUUCGUGAGGUAAAACUGGCACAUCAACUAGGAACAAUGCUUUCAAUUGUCGACACCAGGUUGGGUUCGGUCUCGGCCGAGUGUCUAGAGAGGUUUGCUGCUUUGGCACUCAGUUGUUGCCAUGACAAGCCAGAAGACCGGCCGUCUAUGCGUGUUGUAGUGAGGGAGCUGGAGAACAUACUGAACAUGAUGCAUGAUGAUAGUGGCACCUUGUGUUCCAACUUGUCUCCAAGCUCGAGCACCGGACUUCCAUCCUCACCGACGUCGACAUCAGCAUCGGCAUCGUACAUUGCCCGAGACCAGUUUGCAUCGGGAAGCAUUUCGGGGAGCGAUCUCAUCAGUGGCGUUGAGCCAGCCAUCAGACCUCGCUGACAUAAUCUCUGCUUACUUCUUGUAACUAUGCUCUUGCAAGUUCUAAUAUGUGCUUAGCCAAUGUUUGUAGGAUUCAUAGCUCUCUAACGCGUUAUUCAAUAAGUUUCUAAACGUUUGCUUGUAUCUAGUACGAUCACGAACUUUUAAUUUUUUGUCGAUGCUUUUUAAAAUUUA